CAGGAGAGUGUAAGGUUUAUUACCUCAGAUCUUCUUUUAUAGACCAAUACACAAAAGUACAGAAAGGUAAAACUCUUACUGGUCAGUGAACUAACACAUCACCAUCACUGGUCAGUGGGGUUCACCACCCCUCGACCUUCUCUUGCAAGAAAACAAGAAACAGGCAAACAGCACCUGCAGGGCUGUCUUCUUGUAUCUCUGAGGAUUGUUUUAAUUCCUCCUUAUGAUUUCCCAGGCCACUUUCUCAGGUGAGACUGGGAAAGUUACGUGGCCUGCUUUUCCACAGGCACUGUGCUCUCUGCUUUUUGCUCAUAUGUAGCAUCCAUACGUGAGCAUGGAAACAGCUGAUUAACAUUUUCUUUAUUAUGACUAAUAACACAUAGGAAUGUUUAUUUCAAGCUUUAUGUGUCUCUUUCCUAUUUCUUCAAUACUGUGGGAAAUGAAAACUUCAACUUUAUGUUAUUAACUAUGUUUUCAAAACCUCUUAUUGCUGCUAUCCACUGACCUCCUCUUUGUGUAUGUUCUUCUUGCUCUGUUGCACCUUGAGAUGAAGAUGUAAUUCCAGCUGAAUUUGGUUCCUCUGCCAUUCCUUACAGUUUGGGAUUGAGUGGAAAGCAACACUAAAUGAUCUUGCUUGCAGUGUGCUGUGGUAGAUGCCAGCAAGAGUGGCAGUGGCUGCCUGGGGUUGUGCUCAUGAAUUUUUAUUUAUCCAGCUUCACAGCCUGUUGGGGUGGGUUUGUUGUGGAAAAAGAAGUCAGGGGGUCAUGUUGCAGUGAGUCUUCUCUGUACGUCUGCAGCUCAGGGUUGGCACUACAGACACGAUUCUUUAUGGUGUUAUACAAAAUGUUUAGUAACUGUUGAAGUUGACAGACAGGUAUUUCUCUCUGUAGUAACAAAAAUGUCUUCCAGUUAUUGGCUAAUAAAUGUGAAUGGAGAAAAGUGUUCCACUGUUGCUGUUUUCUGUUUGCCUUAAAGACCUUUUCCUGUAGCUCAGGGAACUGGGGGUGUGUCUUGUCUUCAUAGCCUGUGUUUUACUGCCUCUGGUACCAUCCUCCUCCAGUGGAUGUUCCUUUUGGAUGGUUUCCCCUGCCUUGGCCCAGCCUGGAGUCUGUUCCUGCUGUGCCAGGGGUCUUGGGUGCCUCUCUGGGAAUGGGCCAUGCAGAGAAGAGCUGGAGCGUUCAUGGCACUCCCAGCUGCUGUGGAUUUGUGUCUGGGGGCCCUUUGUGAGUGCCAGGGCAAACUGUGCUUUGUGCUGGCAAGCUCCUCUUGUUCUCUUGGCUGCUGUGGUGUCUGCCCAGCUCAGGGAUGUGCGUGGGCACUGCCAGGAGGGAGCAGGGGAAAUAUUUCAGGUCCACAGGUUUCUUCGCACUGCGGAAUUUUAUUGCAAUCUGACCUUACUGUGGUUUGAUGAACCUGGCUUUGUAAAGUAUAUACAGGAAGGUAUGUGGAUGAUGUUACUUUGGCAUAAAAUAGAGCCUAAGUACAAGUAAAAUAUAUGCAGAUUGGUUUGAUUCUUUAAAGCAGAGCUGGGAGUUUUAAGUGCAGAUAAAGCUUCCUGUGCCUGGUCACUCUUUGGACUGUUCUUGGUACUCAAGGAGCAUUUCUUCUACUCCUUGUUUUGCACCACAGAUUUCUGAUCAGUUUUCAAAGCAUUACAAAUUUCUCUGUCUUUUAUAGAAGAUUCUUCCAGUGAAUGACUUUCAACCCAAAUAAUCGAUUCCUUCAUGUUUAAAGAUCUGUUUUACUAAAUGCUAUUAGAAAACUGGUCUCCACCUUUAAGAAUAUCUUUUGUGUACUGGUUAAUAUUGGACCUUUGCUUGGCAAACUGACUUUCAGACAUUUUCAAUAAUGUGAGCAAAGUAGUGCAUGGUCAUCUUUUUGGUAUGUUGUGUCUGUGAAUAGUAUCUCGUGUUCCCUAUCUUUAGACAACAUCGUGUCACAUUGGGGCUAGGGGGAACUGUUAAUAGAUCAGCUGCAAGGGAACUGAACUAAAUACCAGCAGGUUGUAACCUGAAUUCUAACUUGGUGUGUUUGGUCUGUACCUUUGAACAAAUGACAUUACAAUUUUCUGUUGGUGGUGUGUAUUGUCAGUGUCUGGAGUCUCAUAGUUCCUACACAAAGUGCUAAAUAAACUCUGCACCGCUGUAUUUCUGUUGUCACAUUUAAAUAAAGCCUCCUGUGAACAGCAACUUUUCUCUCCUCACUUCUUAUUCUGUAUUUUGGAUUAUUGUGCAGCGAAGUAGCUUUUGUACAAAAACAGAGCUGGGACAAGAUGUGACACUGAGGGGGGAGCCUGGUGUGGGGCAGGAGCUGGUGUUGGGCUGCAGGUGACACUGAGAGCUCCAGGAGGAGGAACACCAGCGAUGCCAUCACUCCUGGAGCAGGCACUGCAUCUCUUGGGAAACAGCUCUGCCUCCCUGGCCUCUCCAGCAAUAUUGACCUUGAACCUGGGAUUUUCUUCAACAUUUUCCUGCAUUCCCUGAGGAGAUACACAGCCCUGGAGCAGGGGGAAGACAAAAAAAUGUACAAAUGCUCUUCUCAAAUGAACUUCUGUCUGGACCCUACUGCUGGAAUUGACUGCCACCAGAAACCUCCAGCUUGGCAAUAGACACCUGGAUUUGUGUUUGUGGGAAGAAAAAAGACCUGUUCAGUCUCCCACAGUGUCUGCACUUCUCUGCUUGCUUCUGUCACUCUGCUUUGGUGCUACAGAUCCAUAACAUGGUGGCAGUGCUGGAAGUGAUCUCCAGCCUGGAGAAAUAUCCCAUUACCAAAGAGGCACUUGAGGAAACCAGACUCGGGAGGCUUAUCAAUGAGGUGAGGAAGAAGACAUCCAAUGAGGAACUUGCCAAACGUGCCAAGAAAUUGUUGCGGAAUUGGCAGAAGUUGAUAGAACCCGUAACCCAGAACGAGCCAGUGCCAAGGGGGCUGCCCAACCCGCCGGGAUCAGCGAAUGGAGGUGCUCACAACUGCAAACCUGACUCACAACUUCCUGCUGUGGCCGGCGCCAAGCCCAUCAGCGAACUGAAAAGCAGGAAUGAUAUCCAGAAACUAAAUUCUCCAAAACCAGAGAAACUGGGAAAUAGGAAAAGGAAAGGUGAUCACAGGGAUGGGCAUCAGGGCCCUCCUCCCCCAAAAGUCUCCAAAGCUAGUCAUGAAGUAUUACAAAACUCUUCACCCCCUCCAACCAAUGGAAUUGGAGGUAGUCCUGAGAAUUUUCCUAGUCCUGUAGACAUAAACCUACACGCAGGGCCCGAAAGCAGCAGGACAGAUCUCAGUGAAAACGAUAAACACAAUAAGAUCCCAGUAAAUGCUGUAAAACCUCACACCAGUUCUCCAGGACUUGUAAAACCUUCAAGCACUUCCUCGUUACUAAAGACUGCAGUGCUUCAGCAGCAUGAUAAAUCAGAAGAAGCCACGGGCCCCCACCAGCCCAAGAGCCCACGCUGCUCCUCCUUUAGCCCCAGGAACGUUAGGCAUGAUACUUUUGCUCGGCAGCACACCACGUACUCACCAAAGGAUUCGAUGCCCAGUCCAUCUCAAAGGUCUCAGUUCGCAGACGCCGCACAGGUGCCAUCGCCGCCGCCAUCCCUGAUGCAACCAUCCACACCUCCCAUGCCAGCCAAGAGACUGGAGUUCCCUCCUCAGGCGGCCCCCGAGGCGGCUCAGCACUGGCAGGAGCAGCAGGGAGCCCCCGAGGGCCAGCACAGGCACACAGCAGGGACACUUCAGCAGCACACGGCUCCCGGCUGCAAAGCCCACCCCGGGGAAUCACACAUGGGCUUCCCACAGGACACUUCCAGAAUGGACAGUGACGAUGCUGCUUCAGGGUCCGAUAGCAAAAAGAAGAAAAGGUACCGACCCAGAGACUAUACAGUCAACUUGGAUGGGCACGUGACAGAAGGGGGUGUGAAACCUGUGAGGUUAAAAGAGAGAAAACUCACUUUUGAUCCCAUGACAGGACAGAUAAAACCUUUAACACCGAAAGAUCCUUUGCAGGUAGAAAUCCCUGCACUUACCGAACAGCACAGGACAGAAACGGAAAAGCAGGAGCAAAAACCCAACCUGCAAAGCCCCUUUGAACAAACGAACUGGAAAGAGUUGUCCAGAAAUGAAAUCAUUCAGUCAUAUUUAAACAGACAGAGUAGCUUGCUGUCUUCAUCAGGAGUACAGACUCCAGGAGCUCACUACUUCAUGUCUGAGUAUUUAAAGCAGGAGGAAAGCACUAGAAAAGAGGCUAGAAAGACUCACGUUCUAGCUCCUAACAGCAAACCUACAGACUUGCCUGGGGUCACCAGAGAGGUCACGGGUGAUGACCUCGACAGAAUACGUGACCACAACUGGGCAGGCGUGAACGGUUGUUAUGACACACAGGGUAACUGGUAUGAUUGGACACAGUGCAUAUCCUUAGAUCCACACGGGGAUGAUGGGAGAUUGAACAUCCUGCCUUACGUCUGCCUAGACUGAGAGCAGUUCUGCUAACCACGCUUUUUACACCUGCAGUUAGCAGAACUGGCAGACACGAUGCCACUUCCAGCUGGAGAGAGCCUCCUGUCCUGGACAAACAGGCCCCACGAGCAGAGGGGGGGAGGGAGCUGGGCCUUUCCAGCUCGUUCCUUUAAAUUCUCCUUUUGUGAAAUGCUGCUACCAGUUUACUAACAAUUGCAAAGGAAGGCAUACGAAGGUUGAUCAGUUGAGUUUAAAACUCUAUAGCAAGCCAGCUAUAAAAAGUGUUAGUCCCCAAGAAGUGAAGAGGAUUUCCAGCACUUUCUGAAUGCCGGAAUCUUAAUACAGGCAGGUACAGAGAAAAAUUGUGGAAGUUACCUUAACAAAAUAUGCAUCUAUUUAUUUGACUUGAUUUGGGUUUUUAUUUGGCAGUGAGAUAUUCGAGAGACAAUGUGCAAAAACUGUAGUUUUAUUUCUAUCACAUCUCUGAACAUGAUUGCGUUAUUUAAGAGUCAUGUGGUACGGAGAUUGGGUUUUAAACAGCAGGUGUUGCACUGCAGGCUGGGCCACCAGCUUCAGCUCAACAUUCCAUAGGCAUCCACAUAUUUUAGUCUGGUUUCAGUUUAAAUCCAGUCUCUGAGAAAUGCUGCAAAAACUAGAUGUUUAAUGAUAUUUUUUUGAUCCCACCACCACCAGCCAAAUAUUUUUCCUCCUUUUCCCUUCCUGCAAACUUAUAGGUAAAAAACAAAAAGACAAAAAAAACAAAAAGACAAAAAAAAAAAAACAGACAAAAAAAAAAAGAAAAAUCACCUUUUCUAGAAUCUAAAUGUAAUGAGGGUGCUACAAGUUUGUAACUGUACUGUGAGAGGGAAAAAGGAAGCCUGUUUGUAUGCUGGAAAUAUACUUGUUACCAUUCCUUUAGAUAUUGUUUGCCUUAUGGAUAUCCAUCAUAAACGCAAUUUGCAAAAACAAAGAGCCUUAGUGAAUGUACAGUAACUAGACUUCUGUGUUCCUGGGAUGCAGAAGGGAGCAACUUUGCUAUUUGGUCCUUUAAGUGGACACGUUGUGAUAUAAAUGUGGAAAUAAAAAAAAUUUGCACAAA